GCCUUGUUGUUUGCUUUUGCAAAUGUGAAAUAGUGAAUUAACUUUAAAUUUUGUUAUUGAAUUAGUACGCGAGAAGCAUUACGAGAAUAAUAAAGUACUAUAUUUAAUAAUCUGUGAUAGUACAUCAAACCUUAACGUCACUCUUAUUAUGUGGAAAUGAUGUACCAGUUAUGUCUGCGUUUAGAAAAUACAAUCACGAAAAUUUAGCAGUGUUGUUGUCUAAUCCUCCACAUCUGGAUUUAUUAACGAUGUCCAGAUAACAGAAAAUGACAAUUGCUCUCAUUACCCUACCGCAAGCGAUGAAAUAGUGCCUAACAAAAUUAUGCCAUGUACGCUCCCGAUCAUCUUCGACGGAAGGAAACCAGAGAUGUUAUGUACCGGAGUAAUUCUAGCCUUGACUUGAUAUACGCUGAGCACCCGUCAGGGAAUGGCUUAAGGCGGGAAUAUGGAAGUCACGGGUCUAUCGACGUGAUCGGCGGGGCUAGCGAAAGGGUGCCUGCAAUGGUGCAUAAUUAUAGCGGCGCUUCGUUUUCGGAUAAAACGCCUGGACUAGGCCGCGAGCGCCUCUCUGAGGUCCUCGCUGGUGAUCAUGCUGACGGGCCUCCUCGUGCGAGUGCUAGCCCGAAGCCUCGACUCAAGCUCAACAAAUUAUGGGGAGGUGCAGCUCCCGCGCUCUCCCGGGCUCCACUUGACGAACAACCUAUUACACUUGAACAAAAGAGAAAACAAUUUGCCCAUUAUGAUUGUCAAUCUCUUAUGGCCAACUUGAGCUAUGCCGCUGAAAUACGAGGUGCACUUCUCAGUCGGAGACGGAACACAACAACCGGGGCAUCUGCAGCAUCAUUGCUAGCAACACGAGGUCUGCCUCCAGGGGAUGACGCUGUCCCAGAUAUGGGUGAUGGCAGAUGUAAUGAACUUUUGGAAAGCUGUCCUUUCUUCAGAAAUGAAGUUGGAGGUGAAGAAGAACGUUGUGUCUCGUUGUGUUGGCGCACGGCCCGCGGUGCCAUUCCAGGCCAAGCCGGAGGCUGGCAUCGUCCCAAAGCCUCAUACGGCCUCUCCGUGCUCGAGUUCCCACCUGGCAACUCCCACUGGCGCCAUUGCUGCCCCUUCGCCCGAUCUCUUGCGCCACUGCCUAUUGAAAGUCAAGACCUUGGUGCAUUGUAUUACAGGAACUAUUUUUACACACAACCUCAUCAGAAUUGGUUUGGAAUGGAUGAGAAUCUUGGGCCGAUUUCUAUAUCUAUCAAGAAAGAGAGGGUAGAAUUGCGCCGAGGUGGAGGCGAUGCGUCCGCUCCUGCUUCGCAACUGGCCUGGCAAUACCGCCUCAUCAUUCGCACUUCUGAACUGCUCACAUUACGCGGCUCCGUAUUAGAAGACGCGCUACCCACCGCAAAACCUAGCAACAACAGCACGGCGUACAACACAAAAGAAGUGCUCGAGUAUGUCGCACCCGAGUUGCAAUUAAAUUGUUUGAGACUGGGACUUACAAGCAGUGGUGCCGAGGAGCAGUUACUUCGACUCGACGAGCAAUGCGUAACAAGACACUACAAAGUAGGGGUUAUGUAUUGCAAAACUGGACAGUCCACUGAAGAAGAAAUGUACAACAAUCAAGAAGCUGGACCUGCGUUUGUGGAGUUUCUACAAAUGCUGGGUCAGACUGUGAGAUUAAAAGACUUUGACAAGUACAAAGCAGGUUUGGACAAUCGGACAGACUCUACUGGCCUUUAUUCUGUGUAUACUACGUAUCAGGGCUGUGAGAUUAUGUUUCAUGUGUCGACAAUGCUUCCUUACACACCGAACAAUAGGCAGCAGUUGUUGAGAAAGCGUCAUAUAGGCAAUGACAUAGUAACAAUAGUCUUCCAAGAACCGGGCGCGGCGCCAUUCACGCCGCGAAAUAUUCGGUCGCAGUUUCAACACGUGUUUGUGGUGGUCCGAGCGAUAGACCCUUGUACUGAAAACACACAUUAUAGCAUAGCUGUGAGUCGUGCUAAAGAAGUGCCUUUAUUUGGACCUCCAAUUAAAGACGGAGCUAUUUACCCUAAGGGUGAAGCCUUUACGGAUUUGCUUCUGAGUAAGGUGAUCAAUGGUGAGAAUGCAGCGAUUCAGUCGCCAAAAUUCAGCACAAUGGCGACGCGCACGCGACAGGAGUACCUGAAAGAUUUAGCAAAGAAUUACGUAACGGCCACUACCGUGGACACUGGACAGAAGUUUUCAAUAUUUUCUUCCCUAUUAAUGAAGAGCGCGAGCAGUUCAAGCAACAACACAAUCUUACCUCGCGUUGAGAGCUGUGCUAACGACGUACUAGUCGGUGGAGCCCUUUGCUUCCACGUGCAUGUACAAGACGAAGGUGCGGGCGGCGCGUUACUGGAUUGCAUCAUGGGCGUCUCGGCUGACACCGUAGUUUGCGUCGAAGAUAGUACGCGACAAAUUGUCCUCGUGCUGCCUACUAAUUCUUUGUUGGGUUGGGUGGUUAGCGGAGGCUGGACUCGAGUGUACUACCACCGCGGCGAGAGCGUGAGAAUAAGAGGAGGAUCUGAAGCCUUGCUACGUCGGCUAGCCAGUGUCGCACCGCCUCACGCGCACUCGUUACAAGAACUCACUUUAGAACGUGGCGCCGCAUCGCAGCUUGGCUUCCACGUGCAGCCGGACGGGUUGGUGACGGCGGUGGAAGGCGGCGGGUGCGCAGCGCGGGCGGGCAUCCGUCGCGGCGUGCGCCUUCUCGAGGUGUGCCGCGCAGCCGUGGUGGCGUUACAUCACGACCAACUCGUCGACCUGCUCAAAACAUCGGAUCCUGUCACUGUGACAGUAACGUUCGCGAGCAGUUCCAAGUGCCAAUGUGAGUCCCCGAUCGAAGAAUGGGCGGGACUAGCUCGAGCCGAUGCGCAGCACCCCGGCCGGCCGCGCCGCGCAUAUGAGCGAGGACACUCACCGCCGCGGUCAGAUAGUUCGGGUUAUGGCACUGGUGGCUCAGGCCGAAGUGCGCGGCGGUCACCGCAGACAUCUCCAGUAUCCGAAGCGGCCCUGCGAAGGCGGUCGCACGACGGCACCGCUUCGCCGCGGCAUCCCAGGCACAAACGCACCUCAGUUAAUACCAACUCGCUUACGGAGGAACUAAUGCGACUAAUGGACGCGGAGCUAGGCGAGAGCGGGCGACAGACGAGUACAACCGGCGGAAUAGCACCUCCAGUUGGGGCCCCGCCUGUGGGGGUCCCCCCAGUGGGCGCGCCGCCGUUGCCACUCUGCGACGCUGCGGCUCUGGACUGGACUGCGCUCGUACAGACCGCCACAAGGGCUAUGUUACAGAUAUGUGAGGAACAUCAGUACCCAUCGAUAGAGAACCCUGAUCCUCCGAUAGACCCAUUGACCAAUGAGCCACCAGUGCAUGACUCGUGGUCUGAAUUGCCUACCAACGACACAACACCACCAGUGCCCACUCCAGCACCAGCGCAGAGCGGCACUCCUAGUGCAGCCACGCAGGCGUCGUGCGGGUGUGGGCUGGCUGCGCGCGUCAUCGCCUUGGAGACCGACGCGACGCGUGCGCAAAGGCUGCAGCGGCAGCUUGAAGACGAGGUUCGUCGCCUGCGACGCCACAACGCUCGUCUCCGCGAGGACUCCGCACGUGCUGUUUGGCAGCUCCGCCACUUCACGCAGUGGCUCAACCGCACCGUGGAUAGACAGUGAUACCAAUCUUUUCAUUCAUUCUCAACUUUUUUCAAACCGACUGUUGAGCGACUAUUAUAUCGGGCUCAGUAAUAUAAUAAAUAGGAUAUUUCCUACCUUGACACGAACCGUACCUACAUCAAUAAUCUACAGUAACGUGACUCUCUACAAAUUAUUUAUCAAUAUAUGUAAUUAUAUCCUUAUUAACAAUUUUGUAUCUAGUAAUUCGUAUUUUGUCUCUCUGACCUGAUUAGUGAAACAAUCUAUAUUUUGUCGACGAUUUUGUUUUAUAAUGCACACGUACAUAAUUACAUUUUAACUGUUGUGCAAAAACUACAUUAAAACCUAUGUGAACAUUAGACAUUUGCUGGUCUUGCGCAACGAUAUAGAGUAGAAGAAGACAACUUGUCUUUUUCAACAAUAUUUUAGGACAAUGCAAUACAAAACAUUACAGUGACGUCAAACGAGACAAAAAGUUAUAAAAGACAUUCACUAUAGAAUAUUAAUGCCACUUGACUCUUUGUCCCUGUACUAUAUAACCCGUAUUAUACCUUAAAAUUAAUAAUCGUAUCUGCCUAGUAUGUUAUUAAUGGAAAGUCACGUCUCAAUACGCAAACCUUUACAAAAUAGGUUAACAAAUUAAACCUACAAUCGUCCAUAGAGAUCAUAAAAUAAAUAAUUAAGUCCGCAUUACGUUAUCUACAGAUAAUAGUAAUCAAUGUAAGUAGAUUAUUCGUUUAAUAUGAAUCACCAAUAAAUCUGAAUAUAUAUUGAACUAAAACGUUCUUGACUCGCUUUUACAAAUAAGCAUUAUAUUUUACUACAAUGUAUUCGUGAAUGCACGUUGACAAACACUAUAAUUAAUAAACUUAUUUAUAUAAAGGAUGUAAAUAUCUAAGAGAACAUAACGGUAUCAUUAUUUCAACCCUACACGUUCAUAGUGAAUGAGCCGAGUUCACAAUUGUGUCAUUUUGCCAUUUCCGCCGUGUCUCGUAACCACAGUACAUCAGCGAGACAUCAAACCGCAGUGAGCAUACAUACUACUAGAGACGCAAUGUCCUACUAACAGUUGUCUAAAAUGUGGGACAACUUUGCAAAUUUAAAGACUAGCUUUGAAUCUGAGUGAAAUUUCAACGAAAAAUAUAUUUGUCUCGUUUUUUCUAAUGUCAAACUUAUUAUGUCAAAAUGAAAUGGUCAUACAUAUUGCAUUAACGGAUACGACCAGUGUUACCGGUUUAGAAAUAAUUUUCCCUAAUUUUUUGUAGCGUCACUGAUGGAAAGAGACAGCAGAGAUAGAUAGUAAUCAGAAUGGGAAUGAACGAGUGAAAUAUACAUGACAAUGUGUCAACUUAAGGGUCCGCUUGAAAUUCAUAGUUCUUUCAAAUAAAUUGUAAAUAUGAAGAGAUGACUUUCUAAUCUAAGAAUUUCACUGCUUUUCUAGUAUUUUUUAUUUAUUGGAUAAAGAUGAUAAAAAUACUGUCUUUCGACAAAGUUUCUGUUUCUGUUUAACGAAAACAAAUUUAUAAAAGGGUAGGUAUUACGAAUUACGUGAUACACAAACAUUUAACUAUAGUUUAUUACAAAUUAUUAAACGCCACUGUGCAUCAUUAGCUUGUUGUACAAUUGCCUUGUUUUCUUACUCAAAUUAUCUUUUCGUAAAAGUCGUAUAAUUUUUAUCCACUCCAUCCAGCGCGUUCGAUCUUUAGGUAUUCUGGGAAACAAACAAAAUAUCACUUUUAAUAUUACGUAUUAAUAGUAUUACGGUUACACUUUACGUUAAAACGUUACAACGACUAAACUUGAAUUAGAAUCACGUUUUCACUACGAAGUCAAAGUAACUUUUUGAAGUUAGGAAAGGAAGGGUUAACUCCCAAUAUUAUGGGCAAAUGAAAAUUGGUUUACUGGCAACAUUGAAGUUUAAAAUAAAUUUAUUUUAGUUUUAUUUACGAUUCUAACCAAACCGAUCUAAACAAACAAAAGCAAACUUACCUGUGGAAAGUAAUCUAAGUAGUUUUACGAUCAUUGUCAAAUCGAGAAUUGCAAAUUUUAAUUACAUUUUCACCGUUUUUGAUACUUUUUAUCACGUCUAGGUGACGUCACCAUCUGUCAAUCAGUGAGUUGUACUCACUCGAAUUCAAGAUGGUGACUGAUGUCACUGUUGCCUGUAGGGAACAGCGCCGUGGGUACCGUUUGGAGGCGCAGAUUGCGGAUCUGUUGUUUGCAAGUAUAAUAUUGUCAAAACGUGUUUACGAGGCGCGAGAGGGAAUCUCAUCAUUGGUCGAAAACAUUACACUUCCAAAGUAUCGAUAACCAAUAGCUUAAAGGGAAUAAGUCUCUCACCUACUAAAUGACCAUUAAACUAUAGUUAUAAUAAGACAAGUAUGGUAACUCCAUACAAACUGGUUUGUACGAGGUCGCGCCCGUCGUGUACCGUGUAUGGACGCACAGUACAUGUAAUACAUUCGCAUAAUCUCGCGAUGCAUUCGCAUUGCAUAGCGCUGGUAUAUGGAAAUACCAUACAAACUUAUUAUUAUACUAUGAUCAAAGCCUUAGUUUAAUAAAACUCAUAGUGGUACACCAAGCGUGUAGUAAAUUCUUAUGAUUAAACCGCGCUGCAUCUUAUGAAUUUUGUGCCUUUUGCUGCGCUUCUAGAGAAGCCUUUGUGUAGCGUAACUUUACGGAAAAACGUAUGUUACAUAAUAAAUUACAUUGCCUGAUAUUAAACAAAUUAUUAUGUAUAUCUAUCUAUCUACAAAUAUUCUGUAUUAUAAAGUUGUAAUUUCUAAUCAUUGAUGUUAUUUAAUGUGGUUUGUUAUUACAAAUAAUGUAUAUUGAUAAACUUUGACGUCAUUUUCAUAAUUCAUUUCGUAUAGAAAAUACCUAUUUGGGUUAUUUUCAAGUUAGUUUUCUCUACCUAAUUUCGGUCGGAAUUUUUAUUAUUUAAGUAAUCGAAUAUAUUAUCAUUAAAUAUCAAAUAAUAUUUCAGGAUACCA